GAGUGCUUCUCAGGUGUGUAAGAAAAGAGGUUGCUUAGACUGGCCAGGUUGGCAGGCGGGAAGCAGGGAAUGGCUGGGUCGGGAGAACGUGGGCAGCAUAUGCCAGCCCAUGAACAAGAACUGGCUACCAAAGUGUUACAGAUACAAUCCAAACGAUUUUACUUGGAUGUUAAACAGAACAGAAGAGGGAGAUUCAUUAAAGUUGCUGAGGUUGGACCAGCUGGUAAAAAAAGUCGUCUAUUGUUAGCAAUGUCAUCAUCUUUAGAAUUACGAGACCAUCUUACAACUUUCAGUGAACUAUAUGCUUCACUGGGCCCACCUAAUCCAGAUAGCAUACCAGAAGAUGGUAAGUUAAAGAGUGAAGUAAUGGUAAAAGAAAAUAAACGGUAUUAUCUUGACCUGAAGGAAAACUCUAGAGGAAGGUUUUUGCGAAUUUCACAAACUACAGUGAGGGGAGGUCCUCGUUCGCAAGUUGCUAUACCAGCACAAGGGAUGAUAGAAUUUCGUGAUGCACUCACUGAUCUUCUGGAAGAAUUUGGCACCGAAGAUGAUACAGGAUAUGGAUUUAAACGGGAUUUACCUGAAGCUCAACACCUGCGUAUAGAAAACAAACAUUUUUACUUUGAUGUAGGCCAGAACAGCAGGGGAAUCUACAUGCGCAUAUCUGAGGUGAAAGGAAAUUUUAGGACUGCAAUAACCAUUCCAGAGAAAUCCUGGGGUAAUUUUCGAGACAUAUUUGCAGAGUAUGUGCAUAAGUUGAAAGAACUUUCUGAAAAGCCAGCUGAAGGGGAAAAAUGAAAUGUAAACUAAAAACUAUCAGGAAAUGACAGUGAAUGGUUAAAAGUACUCAUACUGUUAAAAUCAGUGAACUUUUGUGCUUCAAAUUUAAUAUGUGCUGUGAUACCUGAUCUCACUAAUUGGGAGAUCAGCUUUUAAAUUUUUGGCAAGAGCCAUUUGUCCUCCAGGUAUUAAAGCAGUGAACACUUUACUCUGUAAGUAAGCACUUCAACAGAGGCACCUGUUUUCCUCUUGUCAUUGCUGAUGAGCUGGGACCAUAUGCAUUGAUUGAGUGAAGCAGUGCUAUUACUUUAUGUAAAUGAUGGCAUUAAGUGUCAACUUUAGAAUCAGAUAUGUCACCACACUGGAGUCAUGGCAGGUCAAAGUUAUUGCUUUGUAAUAGGCUGUAAAAUUCUUUUAUUUCUGCAUUCUAGGUUUUCAUAAGAGAUGCAUUCCAGUCUAUUUUAUUAUUGUAUGUAUAAAUGUUUUGAAUAAUUUAUGCAGCUUUAAACACAAUAAUAAAAUAAAAGAAUUAUUGAGUGUCCA